CAAAGACGUUUGAAACUGAUGUUGAGGAGGGUGUACAACCUCCAAAGCAUAUCAUGGUUGAAGACUUUGAAGGGGAUGAUCAAAAGAUGGAUUCAAUCAUUGAUGAAUUCUUAUCUGCAUUUGUAUCAUCUCCCAUUGGACUUGACAUGGAGACUAAAGAAGAAGAAGCACAACCUCCCAUGCCCUUGGUGAAUAAUGAAGAAGAAAUUGAAUUGGAAGAAAGCUACCAAGAGGAAGAGGUUGAUAUUGAAAAACCUUACAAAAAGGUGGAAGUUGUCAGAGAAGAGCACAAGGGAGUAGAGCUUGCAAAUUCAUUAGAAAUAUCUCUCCCAAGACCAUUACCAUCCAACACAACGUUCAAGUGGGUAAAAUUCCUAUCCUUAUCCUUUACUUUCCCACUUGAAUAUGGGCUACUAGAGACGGAUGGUAACCUUAGAACUCUCUGUGGCAUCAAGAGUGAGAGGAAGAUGGUUAGUGGUAAGUAUUGUCCUGCAAGUUUCAACAUGGUUAGGUGCUCAAAGUUUAAACGUAAAGGUUGGUAUAGAGCUCAAUUGAAUGGGUCAAGGAAGUUGUUUGGAUGCUUCAAUGAGAAUUCUAAAGCUGAGCCACCCGGCUGGAACAAUGAUGAUCAACUUGAAGACGGGUGUAGAAACAAGAUUUGGGAUCCGGGAAUAUAUGAGGAUCAAUUUUGGGAGCUCAAAGCUUGUGAAGAACUCCAUCAAAGCUUGAGGAAUUUACUUAGUAUGGAUAGAGCUUAUUGGAAGACCAAGCAUUGGUGAAAGUUUCAGGACGAGUUCAAGCACAAGCCGCCAUGACAAGGAGCUCGCUAAAUGUCCAACUUAAGGACUUUAACUAAAAGUGCUAGGUGGGAGACAACCCACUAUGAAUGGCCACCAAAAAGGGUAACGAGAAAGCCUCUAACAAGCCACUGGCGAAGAGCGGAACAAAUAGAGCACCAGUUGGGGAACCAAAACUCCCAUCCACUUGCAUAUCUUAGCAUGCACCGAGGAUGGUGCAAUCUUUAAGUGUGGGGAGGUCGAUACUGAUCACCACGGGUUAGUUAUUCUCUUCUCAACACCAAUAUUCUAUUUUCUUUGUUUAAUUGUUGCAUUGCAUAAAAGAUUGCAUGUGUAGUUGAUUUUAUGCAUUUAGCUACUGCUUGGUUAAAAUAAUAAGUUUCUUUUUA